AUGGAAAAAUUUUCUUCUCGGUCACUCUCAAUGAACAAAGAUGUGUCAUAUGUGGCUCCCUUCAUUGCUUCUACCCAAUCUGGAACCACUGCAUCUAAGAUGGCGUACAUGGAACGCCUUGUUAGUGAACUCAACAAUUCUGAUCUUCGAGAUAACGCUAUUCGUGUGCUCUCCAAGAGGACUGACUUAUUCAAGGAACUUGCACCUUUAUUGUGGAAUUCUUUUGGUACCAUUGUGCUACUUUUACAGGAAAUAGUUUCAAUAUAUCCUAAUCUUUCACCACCAAAUCUCAGUUCUGCACAAUCAACUCGAGUGUGCAAUAUUCUUGCACUACUUCAGGGUGUGGCAUCUCAUUCUGAUACAAAAAUGUUGUUCAUCGAUGCUAACAUACCGUUGUAUUUGUACCCUUUCCUUAAAACAAGAAACAAUGUACCACAAUUUGAGCACUUGAGGCUUGCUAGUCUUGGAGUCAUUGGUGCAUUGGUGAAGGUUAACACCAAAGAAGUAAUAAGUUUUCUUCUUUCAAGUGAGAUAAUUCCAUUGUGCUUGAGCAAUAUGGAAAUCGGCAAAGAAAUAUCAAAAACCAUUGCAACAUUUAUAAUUGAAAAAAUUCUAGCAGAUGAAGAGGGUUUGGCUUAUGUUUGUGCCACAGUAGAACGCUUUUUUGCAGUAACUCGAGUUUUGGACAUGAUGUUGGAAACUCUUCAAAUACAACCUUCACUUCGUCUUUUGAAGCUUGUAAUUCAGUGCUAUUCUCGUUUGUCUAACAAUCAUAGCAGGGCUGGUAUUGCACUAACAAGAUGUCUUCCAAACAUGCUCAGAAAUACCACUUUCAUUAAUCACCUUCGUGAAGAUCCAGCAAUUUGGAGGUGGGUAAACGAGUUGUAUGAAAAUGUUGGGAAAAAUGAGGUUCCUUUAGUACCAGGUGGAGGAGUAAUCAAUGAUAGGGUUGGAUCAUCACUGUCAGGAAAGUGA